AUGCCAACCAGAUACUCGUUGGAUGUUGAGUCAUUCAAGUCUGUUGUCACAUCUGAAUCCUUGGAGGAGCCAUCGCAAAGAGAGGAGGCCAAGAAGGUUGUCAAGAAGGCUUUAGAGGAGAAGCACCAAGCCGGUAAGAACAAGUGGUUCUUCACCAAGCUCCACUUUUAA